CUUGUAAAGCGGGAAGACAACAAUGGCGUCUGGUCGCUUGCAAGUUGGAUGGAACUACACAACCUACUAGAGUUGUGCAACCAGCAACAACCAGAAGAGGCACAUGUGGAAUUAACUAAUGGGCGUCCAAGACUCAUAAUAUCAGAAGACCGCCUUUGCCAUCUUCUUGAACUUGGAUACUCUGUUCCUGGGGUAGCCCGAUUAAUAUCAUGUACCUGGGUGCAACGACAAACAACUUGGCACAAACACUGGCUUUCUUCACAGAGGCCACAGAAAACUUUGGAUUUCCACUGCGAGUACGUUCAGACCAAGGAGUGGAAAAUGUAGAUGUCGCACGUCUCAUGUUGUCUGCCCGUGGGCCUGAGAAUGCAAGUUUUAUCUCAGGCAAAAGUGUGCACAAUCAACGGCUACCCAUACCAAAGUUGGAGGAUACUGUCAAAAGGUAUUUAGCUGCGCAGAGGCCUCUGCUGGAUGUUGACCAGUUCAGAACAACAGAGAAACUUGCAAAAGAUUUCCAGAAUGGUGUGGGGAAACAACUGCAUGAGGAACUGGUAGCUCAGGACAAAAAGAAUAUGAACACAAGCUACAUCUCAGGCCCAUGGUUUGACAUGUAUCUUUCUGCUCGCGAAUCUGUGGUGCUGAACUUCAACCCCUUCAUGUCCUUCAAUCCUGACCCUAAAACAGAGUACAAUGACCAGCUUGUGCGGGCGACAAAUAUGGUUUGUUCGGCAGUGCGCUUCAUGAAAACACUGCGAGCCGGAUUACUGGAGCCAGAAGUUUUCCACCUUAACCCGGCAAAGAGUGACACAGAUGGCUUUAAAAGGUUUAUCCGCUGGGUCCCAUCUUCACUGUCUUGGUAUGGAGCUUACAUGGUGAAUGCUUACCCAUUGGACAUGUCUCAGUACUUUCGCCUCUUCAACUCAACUCGGAUUCCCAAGAGUGGUAGAGACGAGCUCUUUACUGAUGAGAAAGCGCGACAUCUCCUAGUUAUGAGGAAAGGCAACAUGUAUGUGUUUGACAUUGUAGACAGGGAUGGGAAUUUGGUGAAGCCUGCAGAGAUCCAGUCUCACUUGAAUUACAUUUUGUCUGACCUGACGCCAGCGCCUGCCUUUCCUCUCGGAGUCCUGACCAGUGAAAACAGGGAUGUGUGGGCCGGGCUGAGGGAGAAGCUGACAGCUGCUGGAAAUGUAGAGGAUUUACGGAUUGUUGACAGCGCACUUUUCUGUCUCAGUCUGGACGAUGAAAGCAUGAGGGACCAUAUUCAAAUCUCCCAUAACAUGCUGCAUGGCGACGGCUGCAAUCGGUGGUACGACAAGUCCUUCAGCAUCAUUCUGACCAAAGAUGGACAGGCAGCCAUCAAUUUUGAGCACUCCUGGGGCGACGGCGUAGCAGUGCUUCGCUUUCAAAAUGAGAUCUUCAAAGACACAACGGAGCAGCCACUGGUGCACCCGGGCUCUGCUGCUGCUGCUGUGGAUUCAGCCUCUGCUGUGCGCAGACUGCAGUUCAACCUGGACCGCGAGCUGGAGAAUGGCAUCAAAAAAGCCAAGGAGAGCUUUGACUCGGCUGUAUCGAAACUCACCAUUGAUGCCAUGGAGUUCAAAAAAGGUGGCAAGGAAAAGUUAAAGAAGAGCAAGUUGAGUCCAGAUGCUAUAGCCCAGCUGGCUUUUCAAAUGGGUUUUCUGAGGCAGUAUGGACAGACAGUAGCCACAUAUGAGUCCUGUAGCACUGCGGCGUUCAAGCAUGGGCGCACAGAGACCAUCCGGCCAGCCACCAUACACACUGAACGAUGUUCACGUGCCUUUGUUUGCCAACCAGGCCAACACAGUGUGGGGCAACUACAGGCUAUGCUGAGUGAAUGCUCUAAAUAUCAUGGACAGCUCACCAAAGAAGCAGCUAUGGGCCAAGGUUUUGACCGUCACCUGUUUGCCAUGAGAUACCUGGCCUAUUCAAAGAACCAGGCUCUGCACAGCCUGUACACAGACCCAGCUUAUGCUGCCAUCAACCACAACAUCCUCUCCACCAGCACCCUCACCAGUCCGGCUGUGAACCUUGGUGGCUUUGCCCCAGUGGUGCCUGAUGGGUUUGGUGUUGGCUACGGUGUCCAUGACGACUGGAUCGGCUGCAAUGUUUCCAGCUACCCGGCUCGCAACGUCCACGAAUUCCUGCAGUGUGUCUACAAGUCCUUAGAGGACAUUUUUACUGUCCUGGAAGGAAAGACACUUGGCUAAGAAACAACUGUUCUGCCAUCAUUCUGAGUUCCCAAAUUGCUGAUUAACUUCUCUGGGAAGUUUGGAACUUUAAAUGUAUUUCUUGAAUGGGUUUGGAUAUUACUGUAGGUACAAACGGGUGAUUUUGUUAAUUCAUAGAAAUGACUGAUGUUGCUAGUGUCCGCCCUCGACUGUGGACAGAAGUCAUAACGUAUCAUGAAAAUCAAAUUGAACAUAAAACACUGGAAAAAAUGUUAGCUUUUCACUUAAACUGAUUAAAUCCACUGGCUUUCCUAGACCGUCUCCUAAAUGUGGAGUUGUCAGUCCGAGCAGUUUGUUUCCCAUUUACAGAGCCAGGGCUUUGUGUGAACACUGGAUUUGUUUUCAGCCCACACACAGAGACAGCUUGCAGACCAUGAGGAGAUAUUCACCUAAUUAAACAAACAUUUGAUUAGAAUUGCUAACUCCACCUUUAAAAAGGUGCAAUGUCAUGCAUUUUUUAGGCUACAUUUUUUUGUCACAAACAGCAAACAUCUCCUCACUAUACAUUAGCUGCCUGUCCCCUGAACACACUGUAACAAGAAGGAUUUGGGGGUGGGUUACUGCACGGAAGGGAUGAGGAGGAGGAGGGAGGGGCGAGCUAGCCUCUGUUUUGUUUGACAAUACUUCGAACGUCAACAUAAGGUGACGUCAGCCAACAUCGCUUAGAGCACCUUUAAGUCGGCAGUGUACUGUAGUACUUUGUCAUAGGGUGGCAAAAUACUGCGAAAUAAUUCAGAGUGCUGGUCAUAUUUACUGGGCUUGUCAGUGUAGAUGUUCUCUGCAAUACAGAUUAGUGUAGUUAGACUGUCUAAUCAAAAUGGGAUUUUUAACAGCAUAAUUGCAGUUAGUCACCGUAAUAACUUCUAUUUAAAUUAUCUUCACUGCUUGCUGCUUAGUGUUUGAAUGUAUUUAAAAUUAAAACUCCAUUACAUUUGCUC